AUGAACGCUACCGAAGUCGCCGCCAGCAUCAUCGAAAAUGCCUUUGGAGGCAAUAGUACCACCGCAGCUGCGGCCAGGACGGGUAGUAACGUAGAUAACCCGUUGACGAGCAAUCUUCGUGUCGCAACUUUCUCUAUCGCACUUUUCGAUGUCAUACAGACUAUCCCAGGAGAAAUUCAGCUUUACCGCAAGCAGUUUAAGAACGGUCGCAUGUCAUUUGUCUGCUUUUUGUUCAUUGUUGUCCGAUACGUCAGUAUUGCGGCCCUCGUUCUCAAUGGUGUGGGUUAUUAUGGGACGACUUUUACCUAUGAAGCGUGUGUGAAAUUUCGGUUGGCACCUCCAGUAACCAAAAUGGUUGCUGGAAUAGCCUGUCAGGCUAUCAUCCUGUUACGCACAUGGGCCAUAUCUAGAAAAUCACGAGGGGUUUUGAUCAUCUUAGGAGUUCUAUUCGUUCUAGGCCUCCCGUUCCUAAUCUUAGGAAACGUCUAUCGCCGAGACGCAUACGUUGAGCCGGGUACAGGGUCGUGCAUUGCAAAACAGUUGGGAAGCUUGAACACCGCUCCGAUGUACUACGGCGCAAUGUCUGCAUUCGACGUCGUUGCAUGCGUGAUUGCGACGUACUACCUUUUGGACCUGGACGCCAAGUCCAUGUCCGGAUUUACCCGGAAGGUUUUGAAACAUGGUUUGAUUUAUACGUUCGGUACAACCUUCUCCAACAUCAUCGUGCUUAUGGCCGUAUGCCACGUCAAGUAUAUCGAGAAGCUUGGCGCGUUCCUUUCUGUUGCUGUCCAUUACCAUGAUUAUGGCACAACACCUCGUCCUUUCAACGCAAAGUACGUUGGCACCUCGACAUCCCCGGCACAUUUCAACGACUCUACUUCCGCCAAUUACUCUAGCGCUCGGGAACCUCCUUCAUUGGGGCGCCCCGUCUUCCCCGCCAAGGGAUUCCAAUCCAGCGAGUCUGGCAAAACACGGCCAACGUCUUCAAUCACCGUCCAUGGGAGCGGCAUACGUAAUCUUCGUGGAAACCCAACGGACACCUUCGAGCUCGGUGACUGUAGAUCUCCAAAGGGUCGAGUCGCACUCCUCGACGGCGCCUCGGGAAAAGUGAAGUACGACCCAGAGCGCGGAUAUGAGCCAUAUGAUGAGGACGAGACCCGUCGAUACGAUUCUGAUGCAAAGCAGCUUCGAUGA